AUAAAACUUGUGGCUAGUCCAACAUGAAGUCAAACCAGGCAUCUCUAACGUUACAUCCAGACAUUAUAGUAGAUCUGAAAGAAUCAUCGGAUGAGUGUAAAAAAUAAACUCCACCUAGCCAUCUGGUGGCCGGCUGUAAAAUAAUCAGCGCAGACGCCGUCGAAACCUGGGCUAAGCUCCAAUUCUUGUCCGCCCGAGAUUCGGCGACCCAGCAGCAAUCAUACUCAACUUGAGCGGGGGGGACAAACUGAAUCAACUUGAUUACUUGUCGCUGUAUCUAGCUAUUUUCAUCUUGAAACAUGCUAGUGUAGAUGGCUAGCUUCAACCUAUUUCACACUUUAUUAGCAAUGCUAAAGACGGACGGACGAGCUAACAUUAGUUGCUAGCUGGUCAGGAAAAACACAGGACGUUGCGCUGGUUGUUUUGCUCGUUAAACUCGCGGAUUCUUACCUGUGCAGUGAAGAUUAACUAGCCUACGCUAGCUAACAUUAGCAAGCUGCAUUGUCAACUAUUAUGACGUUUUCAUUCUCAUUACAGCUGAGGUUUGACUGUUUAUUAUAGUUCAUGCUACGUAACUAGCGUUUGACUUUCCUUGAUCCAAAGAGGACGUUCGGGCUGUUGCUAUAUAUCGGCGUAGCCGAAGAAGUUUGCUAAUCACCGGACUAGAUUUUACCAUAUAACGUACUUGUAGGAACAAACCUCGCUUUGGGUAACGCUUUAACGUUAACUAACAGAGCUCUAUAACUUGACAGUUCAUCGUACCCACUGCACAGCUCAGUGUUAUUGGCGAAGCACUUUUGUACAUCCAGAGAGUGGAAUAGGCGCACCAAUGUAACGUUAACUUAGCUAGGUACUGUAGCUAGCUUGUGAAUGCAGGGAUAACGUUACUUUAUUCAGAUACGUGUGACUCGAGAACUUUGCUUUUUAACUCUACUUACAUAUUAUUGAUAGGUAGCUAUUUUUUUUUACUGACGCUUAACUACUCCAGCUAGUAUGUUAGCUAGCUAGUUAGCUAGCUAGAACUUUAGCUUGCUAACUAGCUAGCUAGUUUACGCCUUCGACACGUAGCUAGCUAGCCACCAGACAAGGGUACUUAUGAGAAACGUUUUGAUAAGCUAGCUAGCUAACGUUAGCUAAAGAAACAAGAUAGCUCCCAAAAACAAAAAGAGGACAGAUGAACAUCGAGUUUUGAGAUUCUGUAAAGUUGUUACCCCCCCGGAAAUUUAAGAUGUCAACCCGGACAGUAACCAGGACGGCAUUAUUAACAAUUGAACAUUCUUCAAACCAGUCUCCCUCUGAGUCCAAGGCAGGUGGGCGUCCCAAUAUGCCGCGGUGCCGGAAUUCUGUCCCCACGACGGCAGACGAGCAGCCACACAUUGGCAACUACCGGCUGCUAAAGACCAUUGGCAAGGGCAACUUUGCCAAGGUCAAACUGGCCCGGCAUGUCCUCACAGGGAAAGAGGUGGCUGUGAAAAUCAUUGACAAAACGCAACUUAACUCUUCCAGUCUCCAAAAGCUGUUUCGUGAAGUGAGGAUCAUGAAGUUGCUGAAUCAUCCAAAUAUCGUUAAGUUAUUUGAAGUUAUUGAGACUGAGAAGACACUGUACUUGAUCAUGGAGUAUGCCAGUGGAGGUGAGGUGUUUGAUUACCUUGUUGCUCACGGGAGAAUGAAGGAGAAAGAGGCCAGAGCCAAAUUUAGACAGAUAGUUUCAGCGGUACAGUACUGCCACCAGAAGUGCAUUGUACACAGAGACCUAAAGGCAGAGAACCUACUCCUAGAUGCUGACAUGAACAUCAAGAUCGCAGACUUUGGUUUCAGCAAUGAGUUCACCAUGGGGAACAAGCUGGACACUUUUUGUGGCUCCCCGCCCUACGCUGCUCCGGAGCUGUUCCAAGGGAAGAAGUAUGACGGGCCCGAGGUGGACGUCUGGAGCCUGGGGGUCAUCCUCUACACACUGGUCAGCGGCUCUCUGCCCUUCGACGGGCAGAACCUCAAGGAGCUGCGUGAACGGGUUUUGCGGGGGAAGUAUAGGAUUCCGUUCUACAUGUCCACAGACUGCGAGAACCUGCUCAAGAAGUUCCUCAUUCUCAACCCAACCAAGAGGGGCAGCCUGGAGCAGAUCAUGAAGGACCGCUGGAUGAAUGUAGGCCAUGAGGAGGAGGAGCUGAAGCCCUUCAUCGAGCCCCAGCCAGACUAUAAGGACCCCAAGAGGACAGGUCAGAACCCCGACCGAGCGGGGGGGUGGAAGAGAGAUAUCAUGUUGCAGAUGGGCUACUCUGCAGAGGAGAUCCAGGACUCCCUCGUCAACCAAAAAUAUAAUGAAGUCAUGGCCACAUAUCUAUUACUGGAUUACAGGAACACAGAGAUGGACGAAUGUAUUAGUCUGUCAAUGAAAUCCCGCCCAGGAAGUGACCUCACAAACAGCAAUGCUCAAUCUCCUUCUCACAAGGUACAGCGCAGUACCUCAUCCAAUCUGAAGCCCCGGAGAGCAACAGAUGCAGGUUCUUCUGCUUCCAAGCGUUCCCAGGGCGACAACAAGCACACAGCAGACGAUUAUGGGAGGAAAGGUUCUGGCACUGGCAGCUCCACUAAAGUCCCUCCCAGUCCUUUAGCUACAGCAGAUCGUAAGAGGAGCACCCCAACCCCCUCCACCAACAGCAUCCUGUCCACUGGUACGAGUCGCAGUCGAAACUCGCCGGUCCCUGAGAGGGCCACACUUGGGGUCCAGAAUGGAAAGGACAGCCUGACCACCCCAGGGUCCCGUGCCUCCACAGCCUCGGCAGCUGCCGUACUCUCCUCCUCCCACCCCCGACAUCACAAGUCCUUGUCCACCUCUGCUCACCCCAGCCCCCCAGACAUCCAUGCACACCGGCCCAGCACCGCCCCUCAGAGAGUACCGGUGGCGUCUCCUUCUGCCCACAACAUCGGCAGUUCCACGGCGACAGACCGUACCAACUUCCCCAGAAAUGUGACCAGCCGGAGCACUUUCAGUGCCGGCCAGCAGAGGGCGGCACGGGACCAACAUACCUCCACUUAUAAUGGUCCCCCAUCAUCCCCUUCCCUCUCCUACGGGAACAGCCAAGCCCGAAGAGCCGGGGGCACUGGUAUCUUCAGAAAGUUCACUUCUAAAUUUGUGCGCAGAAAUCUCACAUUCAGAUUCCCCAGAAGCCCGUAUGAGGGAGAGGGUCGAGAUGAGGCCAGCAGACCCAUGCUGACCACCGCUGAGAAGCUGGAAAAGGUCACUCUGGGCUCUGCAGGAGACGAGAACAAGGACUUCCUGUCUUCCACCUCUACGGUUCCCAGCACCCCGACUUCAAGCCUGACCUCCAAGGACCACAAGCCCCGCUCGCUGCGCUUCACCUGGAGCAUGAAGACCACCUCCUCCAUGGAGCCCAAUGAGAUGAUGAAGGAGAUCCGGAAGGUUUUGGACUCGAACAGCUGCGAGUAUGAGCUACGGGAGCGCUACAUGCUGCUGUGCGUGUCUGGGAAUCCCGCCUGUGACGACUUUGUCCAGUGGGAGAUGGAGGUUUGCAAGCUGCCCCGCCUCUCCCUCAACGGGGUUCGCUUUAAGCGCAUUUCUGGCACGUCCAUCGCCUUCAAGAACAUCGCUUCCAAGGUUGCCAAUGAGCUCAAACUUUGAGCUUGUGGAAGAGUAGUGAUGAUGAUGAUUAUAAGGAGUCGGCUGGUGGAAAGAGACAGACUGGAGCACGCAGGCAGAGGCUAAACUUUGACACAGAACUGAGUUGAGAAGGUGACAAAGGAGCAUGGAGAGACUUUUUUUUGGGGGGGGGGGGGGGCAAAGAGGCUAGGGGAGGUUGCGUGUAUAGACCUUUUUAGGGGAUUGUUAAUUUUCUUGAGGGGGUGUUCUUUUCGUUUGGGUUUUCUAUCCUCUCUCCCUCUGACUUUUCUGUUGUCUUCUAAGACAGUUUUGUUUCUCUUAAACCCCGCGAUCCUCUUUUUCCAAAAGGAAUUCAUUGAUGGAAAAUAUGAAAGGAAAUUAGUUAUAAAGCAGUGAACUGAUUGUGGGUUUAAUUAUAUAUUUUUGUUGUUGCCCAAAAUAGCACUGGACUCAGCAAGCUGUAACCCUCAUGGCCCUUAUCUCUCCAUUAUCCUGCACCAAGGACAAACGGUCGAAACACCAUGUUACUGCAUCUUGCCCCUAUUUUCAGCUGUCCGUUUUGAAGAGAUGACGAGACCUGCAGUUUGACACUCUGAAUGUACAACAUGAUUAGACGGAUGUAUCUUAGGUACAACGCAUAUUCACUACAAUGUAAAUUGGUUUUCACAUCAUGUUCUGAUUCUGAUCAGCUAAUGAAGGCUGCACAAGGUUCCUGCUUCAGUGUGGUGGUUCAGAAAGCCAUUUUUACAUCACAGCACAAUGUCUUACUUGAUGGUAAAGUGGAAGUGCAGACUGGAUUUACCUCUUUGCUCUGAUUGCGAGCCUUCACCACCCUUUACCCCAAGCCCCUUCAAUUAGUUUUUGUUUUUCUACAGCAGGAGUAAUUUAUCUGAUUAACUAAUUAAGGGCCAAUUGAUAAUUAUUGGUGGGUUGUAAUGUAAUUAAGAGUUGCUGGUUGGUUUCAAUGUGCUGCACUGGAAUGUCUGAGUUCCCUUGCCUUUCUCUGGAGAAAAUAAUUAUUAAUAUUGUUAUUAAGAAUAAACAAAGUUAGAUGAUUUA